CCACGCAGCUGCCUAAGCAAUAGGCUGACUGUUUUCAACGGCAUCGGACGAGGGGCCGAGCGUCCCCGGUGAACACAGCUGGUUUGAAAAUUUGCCCCCGGUGUCUGCUUCCUCUACAGACGCUGCUCACUCCGCUCAGGCAUGGAAAAGGUCGUCAUUGUAACGGGUGCCAACAGGGGUCUUCCUAACCAAAGAAGCAGAGACAUGAAGGAAACAAACAAGGCGACCAGCAUCUGACAAAAACAUCAUCCUCACCUGAAGCCUCAUCUCCUGAACUAAAGUCAGGGCUCUUAAACACGGAAACAUGUAUUAUUUACCAAGUGUCCAAGUCCAACACUAACGCCAGCUAACAACAGCUAACAGAGGCUAACAGCAGCUAACGUCAGCAAAAACUCAUCUCUUACUGACAAAAAGCGGCAUCGGCUUGGCUUUGUGUGAAAGGCUUCUCACGGAGGACACACAGCUCCGGCUGUGUCUGGCCUGCAGGAACAUGCAGCGGGCAGAGGCCGCCCGCAGCGCCCUCCUCACUUCUCACACCGGUGCCCAUGUGGACUUACUACAGCUUGACGUGGGCUCUGUGGAGUCGGUGCUCGACGCUGCUGAGGUGGUCAAGUCCAGGUACAACAGAAUUGACUUUCUCUAUCUAAAUGCUGGAAUUAUGCCCAAUCCACAAGUGGACAUCAGAGCUUUUUUUAAGGGUUUAUUUUCCAGAAAUGUCAUCAACAUGUUUGCAACAGCCGAGGGUCUCUUGACUCAACAAGACCGCCUCAACUCAGAUGGCCUACAGGAAGUUUUUGCCACUAACCUGUUUGGUCAUUUUGUCCUGAUCCGGGAGCUGGAGCCUCUGCUGUGUCAGACAGGUCAUACGUCCAGGGUAGUGUGGACCUCUUCGAGUAAUGCCCGCCGGUCUGCCUUCAGCAUUGAUGACAUUCAGCACAGAAAAGGGACAGAGCCCUACAGCUCCUCCAAAUACGCUUCAGACAUGCUCAGCGUGGCUCUUAACAGGCGCAUGAACGGCCAGGGUCUGUUCUCCUCUGUAGUCUGCCCAGGACUGGUGAUGACUAAUUUGACCUAUGGUAUCCUCCCCUCCUCCUUCUGGACUCUAAUCAUGCCCAUCAUGUGGUUGAUUAGGAUCUUCACCAACACUUUCACCCUUACACCGUACAAUGGAGCAGAGGCACUGCACUGGCUGUUUCUGCAAAAGCCAGAAUCUCUGGAUCCCAGAGCAAAGUAUCACAGUUUAACAUCAGGGCUUGGGACAAACUACACCAAGCCUCGACAGAUGGACAUCGAUGGUGAAACGGCUGACGUCCUCUUUUCAAAACUUCUUGAACUUGAGAAAGUGGUCAGAAGGAAACUGUGUGAGAGAAAUGCUGACAAUGAAGCUCACCAGCGGUACCUCAGCGAGAUAGAGUAAAAGUGAUUCUUUUGUACUGGAAGGUUUUGCUCUCUUGAAAUGGAUCCUGUGAAAUCUGAACCAGUGUCACUGCCCUUAUUCAUCCCAUCCUUCCCAGGUGGACCACUGAACAGAGGGUGAAAUGAUCACGCUUGUUCUACCUCAGCCAAGGUCAAAGCUUUGGUUUAUAUAAGUGAUUAUGUUAACUCUGACUACUUCUGAGGGGACCCCAUGGGGACAUUUUCCCUGAGUCAAAAUGUUAAAGAAAGAUCUGUCCCAACAUCUUCUUUGAUCAAGCUGCACCUCUCCAUCAGGUUAGACAAAACUUAGCUUGGUUGUUUUAUGUAAUUAGACAAAUGCACAGCAUGAUCAGUCAUGAAGGAAAUGCAACUGUUCCUUUCUUUUUUUUUAAAGUCCACCGAUAUUCACUCAGUCCUCUGUUAACACUGCUCUAAAGACUUUCCAAUCAUACCAUGAACUUGAACCACAUCACACUGAGAGGUCUAAUUUAAAUAGCUGUGUGGGCAGUAAGGGCCUUUUUGAUAAGCUACUUUGAGCUCUCUACAAACCUCCUCACAUUACUCACAUUGUUUCAUAUUUCAGCAUGUUAAUAAUAGAAACACACUUUGCAUUUCUUGAAACUUUGUUAACAUAAUGAAGAGACUUUGAAGAGCUGAGCCUGUCACGGUUUUUAAACUCAGAAUCACAAGAAUCACUGUUUUUAAACAAACAGUGGAAGUUCAUUGAGGGUCAACAAGUUCACAUGAGAUCAGUAACAAGAAAGCGCUUUCCUGUUGUAAAGUGGACCCUGCUGUGUUUUCACCUGAUAGCUGCAUCGUGUUUCCUGCCCCACAAAGUUAAUUAGCUCUUUGUUAAUGCCCUGGCUUCUUGAGGCCACCAGCUCUGUGUAAUCUGGAGAUUGUUUCCAUACAAAUAAUAAAUUAUCGAAGGAUUGUCGAGUAAAUAAAUGGAAAAACUUAUAGUUUGUAAUAGGGUGAAUAAGUGUGCAAGUAAAUAAAUUAGCUGCUUUAUACCAGUAUUAGCAUUUUUUGGUUAUUUAUUUCAUUACCAUAUAUCCACAGCAUCACACCCCACUGUUAGAUUUUGUUAUCUUUCAGUCACCUCAGAUAUCAACUCUUGCAUUUACUAAACUAAAAAGAAAAAGUCAAUCCAACAUUUUUUUGAGGGAAUAUACAAAAUACAACCAAGUAUAUUUUUUCUUUGUUAGGCGACUAGUAGGAAAGGAUGUUUAGUCCUGUCCAUUAUCCAAUGAUUUUUCUUUUUUUUCCAUUUUUAUUUGUAAAAAAUUUUUAUGUGUAAAUUUUAUAAAGUACUGGAAUCCAAAAUCUAAAAAAAUGUUCAAAUAACUAAAUCUGUGCCAGUUUUGGUAAUGAGUAGACUUAAUUUCAAAUGACCUGAAGAAUACAACAGUACCUCUUUUUUGACAAUUGUGCAUAUAGGUAAAA